AUGAGAGAUUCGCUCUAUGACCGCCUUUGGCGUCGAGAAUGCGGGGAUUUAUCUGCCCGUGCCGGCGUUCGGGACAUCUAUGGUUCGAAGGAGUGGGUCGGCGAUCUUGACAUCGUGAACCAGCUUGGUGGACACACAGGUUGCGUGAAUGCCCUCAGUUGGUCCCGUUCAGGACGCCUUCUGGCCUCGGGCUCGGAUGAUCAACAUUUGAAUAUCUACUCCUACCAACCCGAAUCCUCCGAUGCCCCCUUUGCCCUAAACACCACCGUGCGUACCGGCCACAAGGCCAACAUCUUCUCGGUCAAGUUCAUGCCCCAUUCGAACGACAGAACCUUAGUCACUUGUGCCGGUGAUUCCCAGGUGCGCGUUUUCGACAUUGAAUACUCCAGUAGCAAUGGCAAUGUCGCUGCCACCUCUGCAUUCGCAGCUUCGGCUCGGAGUCGCCGCUUCAACAACUUUUUCGAGGGCGCACGUUAUCUGAGUGAAGGCAACACAAAUGCCAGGGUUUACCGCAGUCAUGCUGAUCGUGUGAAGAGAAUCGUUGUCGAGUCCUCCCCUUAUCUUUUCUUGACUUGUUCAGAAGAUGGGGAGGUUCGACAGUGGGACUUGCGCCAGCCAGCUUCUACAUAUCCUCCCCCAAAUGGUGGUCAGGGCUUCAUGGCAUAUAGGCCUGGGCAAGAGCAUGACGACUCCAAUGUUCCUCCUCCUCUCAUCUCAUACAAGAAGUUUAAUCUAGAUCUCAACACAAUCUCCUGCUCCCCCUCUCAACCACAUUACAUUGCCCUUGGCGGUGCGCACAUGCACUGUUUCCUUCACGAUCGGCGUAUGCUUGGUCGUGACAUGAUGGCAGAAAGAGGGACGCCUAGCAGCUCCAUUCCAACCGCUGGCACUCACGACGAUGAAUUGAUGGGCAAAGCCACUCGAUGUGUUCGUCGGUUUGCACCGCGUGGAAAGCAUCGCGUGCGGCACCUCGACGACGGACACAUCACCGCUUGCAAAAUAAGCGAUGCAAACCCAGACGAAAUGGUGGUCAGCUGGUCAGGAGAUCACAUUUACAGUUUCGAUCUUAUUCAGAGCCCAGACGCUCGAGUUGCCUCACCCCAGGAGAAGUCACUAUCGAAAGCUACAAGGAAAAGUUUGAAAGACGGGUCCCAGGACCGGAAACGUAAGCGCCCAAAACCCAUGUCGAUGUCCUCCCAAGAAAGUGAAGACCGACAUCACUCUCGACGUCGAUCAAAUGACCUCAAUACGCUUCGAGUUCGCUUUGAGAAUGGGGAGUCAUCGGAUAUUCCCAUCGCAGGAAUCUCAGAAGAUUCGCCCGAAAACAUGCUAGAGCACGCAAGGUAUUCCGUCUUGAACGAUGAGCAACGCACGAGCAGAGAUAUUUCUAAAGGAAUGGUCAAGCUCCGACGGGCGAUGUUUUCCCUAGAAGAAACUAUUCGAACAGCAUCAAAUUCGGACGAUAGUCAUCUUGCGCCCGAUGCCGAGUCUUUCAGGGCAGCUUUAACGAUAGCAGCCACCAUACUGCCUCAAAUGGACUCGAUUAUGCGGGAGUGGAGGUAUCCUAUGAAUCCGUCCCAUGAAGUUGUGGCUGUUCAACAAACACUUCGUCACCACCGCCAAGAAUCCUGGAGAUUCAUUCAGGCUGCAGGGACUCUAGCAUUCAUCAUGAAGAACUCAUCCCACAUCGCAGAGAAUGGACCAGAGACCUAUCCCAGCUUCCAAAAGAUUAUUCCCGCACCGAGUGAAGAUGAAUCCAUCGAGCGGGAAGCCCAGUUUGGCUAUGAUUUUUUGAAGGCCAUUUUACUUUGGUUCCAGGGAGGCCGACAAGACCUGUUCGCCGGAUUCAAGCGUGGGUCCUGCCAUCGAAGACAAAAUGGACGGUUUCCGAUCGAGGAAAAUGACGCUGAGGAUGCAAUUGAAAGAGUCCUCAUCCCUUAUCUUCAUACUUUGGCAGCCGAUACACCAAUCGUCAACGUGGAUGCUUCACCGUAUGAGCACGAUAGGACUCGCAUACUAUUCCAAACCCAGCGCGCAGCUGUGAUUGCUUUUGGGAAUGCCGUAAAGCUGCCACUCGAGAACCUUGGAACAACUGCCGCUCGCAUUGAUACAUGUCGCCUGUCUAACUCAUCAUCGCAUGUUCGCUCUCUAGACCGGGCCUCAGCCUUUAGAUUCUGGGCUUUACGUGUCGGGAGGGGCGUUCUGUUGACAACUGGCAAACUAGUCGACUAUGCGUUUGUUAAUCGCGCUUUUGGGGGGCUCCAACCCGAAGUGGAUGAAUCAGACAGCGAUCUGGAGCUGGAGAGAUACCUGGAAGAGUCCCAGGAAGAUAUCAAUCUCGACGACUCGGAAGAAAGAUUACGAUCAAUUAACCUCAUCAAUGCCGCCGGGUCAAAUGGGAGCGUCACUUCUAGCGGAAACGGGCCGACUUCGAGCUCUCAUCAGCCAUACGUGUCCAGGGAAGCUCUUCUCUCGUCGGAGUCCUCUGGCGAUGAAGGUGGGAGCAUCAACAACGAGAUCGAUGAGUUUGAUGAGAGUGACCAGGGCGAUAUUGACCAAGAGGAUCCGGAUGAAUGGACCCUGGGUUUCGAUGAUGACAGUGAAGAAGAGUCCGACACGGGAAUUCCUGUUUCUUUGCGUUCCGGUGGCCGUAGGAGACGGCGAAGGGAUGUUGAGAUCAACGCCCCAUGCUCCUCUCAUACGAAAGUUUACCGGGGACACUGCAAUAUCAAAACUGUCAAGGACGUGAACUUUUUCGGGUUAAAUGAUGAAUAUGUGGUAAGUGGCAGUGAUUCAGGCCAUGUCUUCAUGUGGGAUCGAAAAACUGGUAAUCUGGUGAAUAUUUUGGAAGGGGACACUGAGGUCGUCAAUGUGGUGCAAGGCCACCCAUAUGAACCUACUAUGGCCGUAUCCGGCAUCGACAACACUAUCAAGAUUUUCAACCCAGAUCAAAAUGCUCAAGAGCAAGCGAGACAAGGCAUCAAUAUACUUGACCCUGAUAAUCCAAAAAGUCCUCUUCUCGGUGGACUCUCCAGUCGCAAGCGACUUCACGACAGCUAUCGUAUCAUAAACCAGAAUGACGUUGAACGCCGAGGUGGUAUGAGUGAAGCUCACAUCACUAGAAGCAUGCUAACCCGUCUUGCCGCCACUAUCCGAGGCCGCCAGAGUCUCGGCGAGGCUCUGGGAGAAGGCAUUGAGGGUCUAGGUGGACAAGGAGGCGAGGGGGCCACUGUUGUCCUCGAUGAAAACUGUCUGGUGAUGUGA